CGCUGCUUACAUGUCGACCUGAUGAGUUCCAGUGUGGCGAUGGCUCCUGUAUCCAUGGCACCAAACAGUGUAAUAAAGUCCACGACUGCCCGGAUUACAGCGAUGAGGCUGGCUGUGUAAAUGUUACAAAGUGUGACGGACCAAAAAAGUUCCGCUGCAAGAACGGAGAGUGUAUCGACAGCAGCAAGGUGUGCGACAAUGUAAAAGACUGCAAAGACUGGUCUGAUGAGCCAGUGAAAGAGUGCGGCCUGAACGAGUGUGCAGACAACAAUGGCGGGUGCUCCCACAUCUGCAGAGACCGGAGAAUUGGUUAUGAGUGUGACUGCCCCUCCGGGUACAAACUCCUGGACAAAAAGACUUGUGGAGACAUAGAUGAGUGUGAGAACCCAGAUGCCUGCAGUCAGAUCUGCAUCAAUUACAAAGGGGAUUAUAAAUGUGAGUGCUAUGAAGGCUACGAAAUGGACCCUGCCUCAAAGACCUGCAAAGCUGUGGGAAAGAGCCCUUGCCUGAUGUUUACUAAUCGUCAUGAAAUCCGUCGGAUUGACCUGCUGAAGAGCGAAUACACACAGGUGGUUCCCACCCUGAAGAAUGCUGUGGCCCUGGAUGUGGACGUCUCCACUAACAAGAUGUUCUGGUGUGAUCUGUAUCAUCGCAAAAUAUACAGUGCAUACAUCAACAAGGCCAGCGACUCUUCGCAACAGGUGACGUUGGUCGACUCACUCCACUCGCCGGAGGGCCUGGCUGUGGAUUGGGUCCAUAAAAACAUCUACUGGACAGACUCUGGCAAUAAGAGCAUCUCUGUUGCAACGGGAGAUGGCAGGAAGAGGAAAGUGCUAAUAGCCACGGAGCUCAGUGAGCCACGGGCCAUUGCAGUGGAUCCUCACCAAGGUUUUAUGUACUGGUCAGACUGGGGAGAUCAGGCCAAAAUAGAGAAAGCUGGGAUGAACGGAGUGGACCGUCAAAUUCUGGUGUCUGACCACAUUGAGUGGCCCAAUGGAAUCACUCUGGAUUUGUCCAACAGACGUCUCUACUGGGUGGACUCCAAGCUGCACCUGCUGUCCAGCGUGGAUCUGAAUGGAGACAACCGCAAAGUGCUGCUGUCCUCCCAUCACCACCUUGGACAUCCAUUCGCCCUCACCGUGUUUGAGGAUCGUGUCUUCUGGACGGACUUGGAGGAUGAAGCCAUUUACAGCGCAAACCGGCUGACGGGUCUCGAUGUGGCUAAAGUAGCAGAAGAUCUUAACAACCCGCUGGACCUUGUUGUGUUUCAUGAACAGAGGCAGCCCAAAGCCCCCGACACCUGCAACAUGGGCAGUCUACCAAACGGCGGCUGUGAGUAUCUCUGUCUAAAGGCUCCUCAGAUCACAGAUCAUUCUCCAAAGUACACCUGCGCCUGUCCUGAUGGGAUGGAGCUCGGACCAGACAUGAGGCGCUGCGCUGUAGUGCGAAUCAGGACAACCACCACAGUUGCCCCAACCACCACAAGUACCACGACAGCAACUACAACAGCCACGACAACUACGACCACCAGUCCUGCCACCAGCACUACCACCAUGACUCCCACCACAACAAGCACUACCACUUCUGCUGCCACCCCACCGAGGACCACAACCAGGCACCACAUGACACCAAAGCCCCCUCAGACCUCCAGAAGCAGCAGGAUCACCCAGCCACCUGUGACACAAGCCGCCACAAGCACAGAAACUACCAGUUUGAGCAGCACCAGCCAGACGUCCACACAAACACCCUUACUGGGCCCAGUGGCACCAGACAGCAUUCAGAGAGAGACCAAUGCUAACCUCUCCCACAGAGCUUCAAGUGAUCACUACCUCAUAGGUAACAACAUCACAGUUGCCGUUUUGGGAAUAGUCAUUCCGAUUGUGGUCAUUGGAUUGCUCUGCACCGGCGGCUACCUGGUUUGGCGCAACUGGCGACGCAAGAACACCAAGAGCAUGAACUUCGACAACCCUGUGUACCGCAAGACCACGGAGGACGACGACGAUGAGAUUCACAUCGGCCGGCACAGCGACUCCAUCGGUCACGUCUACCCGCCACGCGUGGCACUCAGUCUGGAGGAUGAUGGCUAUCCCUGAUGAGGGGGGGAUGCAGCCUGCUCACCCCCCUCCCCUUCAGUCCCUUCCUAUCCCUUCUCUCAGCACAGCCUCCGCACCACUACAAUGAGGCCAGUACAACGCAGAGGGGAAUGAGAUGGAGUCCACAUUUUGCCUCCCCCUUUUUAAGUAGCAAGGAUGACUUGCACAUGUCUUCUCCUUCUUUCUGACUACUACUACUAGGUACUACCACUUUCAUUAGUGUCAGUUUAGUAGCCUCUGCUCCACUCCUCUCUUCCUCUUCUGCUGCUUCCUAACAGUAGUGGCGUGUGAAAAUGCUGCUAGAUUAUAUCCUUCACACUAACCUCAUUUGAAAAUUGAAGGCAAAGGCCGGUCACCAGAAGUGGGGGGAGAAAUGCCUCAUGUUUUGACCGUUUUAUUUAUUUAUGCGUUUUAAAUAUGUAAUCUGCAUCUGUCAGUGUGAAGUCCUAAAGGCGAGAUUACUUGAGCAAGUUUGCACAGUGCAUCAGAAGUCAAGGAUGUCAUAUUUCCUCUGGUUUCCUGAACUUUACAAGUUCACAAGCCUUUUUUUUUAAACUUUGAAAGAAAAAGGCCAUCUAUUAUUUGUACACUGACAUGUUGCGAUGCUAAACAUAGUUGAGGGGACAGGAGAAAAGAAAAAAGGGAUGAGGCUGUCUGGAUGUUUAGAGGUGGUUUUGGGGUGAAAUGGUGGUGGAGGCAGUUUUUCUUUCUGGCUGAUUUGUGCCUCCAGAAGGUUGUGCCCCAAGGUAAAAAGCAGCAAGGCAGACAGGACAAUGGAUUGUGGGUAACCCCCCUCUUUGUGUCAGAGGUAUUCACAGAGUCAAUAACGAGCUUGACUUGGCUGAUUAGCUGUGAUGGGUAGAGUUCAUAUAUUUCUUACAUUUUUCUGUUUGUGUUCCUUCUUCCUUGUGUGACUGCCUUGAAUAUGAAUAUAGAGCUGCUACUCGGAAGCAAUAUGCACAAAAGACGUCAUUAACAUUUUAAGAUUUUAAAAGAAUGUCCUGCUUUUGUAUGUUAUGAUUUCUAGUGGUGUAAUUGUACAGGGAAAGACAUGUUUGAAGUUCAUAUUUUAUCAUCUUUUCUGUAUUUAUCUUCCAUUCAGGCGCAGAUUAAUUUCUUUUCCCUCAGUUUAACUUGUCUCAUCUUAAAGUCAAUGCACUAUAACAGUUAGUGCUGAACUGACCCCAUUUCCGUGACUUCCCGGCACUUUUCCCAGUACUAUUCCUGGUGUAGCUACCUUCCUGUUAGUGCAACUGGAUGAGGUGAUGCAGAAAAACAGCCCACGUUUGAAAGACAUCAGUCGCUACUGUCACUGAGUGUUCGCUCUGGUUUUGUGUGAGCAGAUCAGUAGAACAUCAUGCUUGGCUGAUCCUGGCACACUGAUUUGAUUUUAGAGAUGGAUAGGGAAGAAAUGUGUGAGCCAGCGUAAAGAGCCGAUCUUCCAUUGACUCGCUUGAAACGUGCUUCCAGCCCAUUGAAUCAGAUGGAGUUUAUGCCCACUGAAAACAGUAAUAAUUGCUCAUUUCAUGUUCCAGUUGUAAAUAACUGCAGGCUAUAAUUAUGGAAAUGGAAAAAAUGGCUGUUACAACAAGCAACUCGCUUACUCUGGACAUCAUUUAAUCAUUUGAUUCAAAGCAUUAAAGAUUUGUCUUCCACACCAAUUGUUGAAAAAAAAAUCUAAAUGUUUCAAAUGUGAAGCAGCAAAAACUUGUUUGAAUGGAACAACCUGCAAAAAAUGACACACAGUCUUCCUGUGCUUGCUUAUAGUAUCGUAGACUGAUAUCAUGAAUUCAUUCAGCUGUCAUAAAAAACGGUUACUAUUCAGGGACUUUUGUGGGGUUUUUUUGUUUUUGUUUUUUCUUUAGUUUUUUUUUUAUGUUUGAGUUUUAAAUAACUGAUAACCCGAGUGGAGGAAGGAAGACACAAGUUAAACAGAAAAAUCUCUGUAGAUUAUUUACCUGAAUUCCAGCAGUGCUGCAUUGUGACAUUCUGUCACUCUCGUCCUUAGAAGGAUUUUGCUCAUUCCUGUCCAACAGGUUGAUUAUUUGACCAUUCUUAUCUGUAAAACUGGUGGAGUUUAGUUUAAUUGGUUGGUCUCCUGGCACAGACCUGACACCCCUAUUGAAGGUGUGGUGGGCUAUUUUUAAUAAUUGAGACAGGAAUUUUAGA